AGGGGUUCCGAAAGAUUAUAAAUUGGGUUAAGGUCAGCAACGGAAGAACGAGUGGUAAACGCAUUGCAUAGCACACAGAAAAGCCGGUGGCAUGACAGCUCCAAAACAGCUUCAGAACUUGUUUGAAAUCGACCCAUAUCUAAGGAACUUUGAAACGGAAAUCAAACGAAGGUAUGGGUGUUUCUGCGAUUUACAGAAAGCCAUUGAACAUAACGAAGGAGGAUAUGAUAAAUUUACAAGAGGAUACGAAUCUUUUGGUAUCCAUCGGACAUCAGACAACGGAAUAUUUAUGAAGGAGUGGGCACCUGGAGCAGAGGGAGUCUUUCUAAGAGGGGAAUUCAAUGGUUGGAAUCAGACUCAGUAUCCCUUCACACGAAAAGAGCAUGGGAAAUGGGAGUUAAAGAUUCCCCCCAAUCCGGAUGGCUCGUGUCCUAUAAACCACAACAGCAAGAUUAAGUUGGUGAUAAGGACCAAGUCUGGGGAGCUUGUUGAUCGCCUCAGUCCUUGGGCAAAGUUUGUCACUCAACCAGAUGACACCAAAGCAUAUGAUCAGGUCUUCUGGUCCCCACCUCAGAAAUACCAAUUUCAACAUCCUCGUCCCAAGAGACAAGAUGACUUACGAAUUUAUGAGUCGCAUGUGGGCAUUGCAUCAUGGGAAGGGAAAAUUGCCACAUAUAAGGAGUUUGCCCAAAAUGUUAUACCCCGAAUCAAGGAUUUAGGUUACAACACAAUUCAGAUGAUGGCAGUGAUGGAACAUGCGUAUUAUGCAAGCUUUGGGUACCAAGUCACAAGUUUCUUUGCAGCCUCUAGUCGUUAUGGUACACCUGAAGAGCUGAAGGAAAUGAUUGACGUUGCUCAUGCCAACGGGAUAACGGUUCUGUUGGAUGUGGUCCACAGUCAUGCCUCAAAAAACGUGGUGGAUGGGCUGAAUCAAUUUGACGGAACUAAUUCCUGCUAUUUCCAUGAUGGCAGUCGAGGAACCAAUGACUUAUGGGAUUCAAGGCUUUUUAAUUAUACUGAAUGGGAGGUAUUACGUUUCCUUCUCUCCAAUCUACGAUGGUGGAUUGAGGAGUACAAGUUUGACGGCUAUAGGUUCGAUGGAGUUACAUCAAUGCUGUAUCACACUCAUGGAAUGGGUCAUGGCUUUAGUGGGGAUUAUGGGGAAUACUUUGGGUUGAAUACUGACACAGAAUCUCUCGUCUACCUCAUGUUGUCCAACCACAUGCUACAUACACUUUACCCUGACUUCAUGAUUACUAUAGCAGAGGAAGUGUCCGGGAUGCCAGCACUGUGCCGCCCUAUAGAGGAGGGAGGAACAGGUUUUGACUAUCGACUUGCCAUGGCCAUUCCGGACAUGUGGAUCAAGUAUUUGAAAGAGGUUUCCGACGACAACUGGGAGAUGGGAAAGAUUUGUCACACCUUAUCAAACCGGCGGUACGGAGAGAAGUGCAUUGCAUAUGCAGAAAGCCAUGACCAAGCCCUGGUGGGGGACAAGACCCUAGCCUUCUGGCUGAUGGACAAGGAAAUGUACACUCACAUGUCCACUAUGUCACCGCCCAGCCUGAUCAUUGAUAGAGGCAUAGCCCUCCACAAAAUGAUCAGACUUAUCACCAUGGGGCUUGGUGGAGAGGGAUAUCUCAACUUUAUAGGAAAUGAGUUUGGCCACCCAGAAUGGCUGGACUUUCCCCGAGCCGGUAACAACUCAAGCUAUCACUACUGUAGACGCCAGUGGCACUUGGUGGACGAUGACCUACUGCGCUACAAAUACCUUAACAACUUUGACCGAGAUAUGAUGCAUCUCGAGAUGAAAUACAAAUGGCUGAGCCAUCCACAAAACUAUGUUUCUCGUAAGCACGAGGGAGACAAGUUGAUUGUGUUUGACCGGGCAGACAAACUGGUAUUUGUGUUUAAUUGGCAUCCAUCCAAUAGUUAUACAGACUACAAGAUCGGGGUCAACAUUCCCGGAAAAUACAAAGUUGUGCUUGACACAGAUGCUGAACAAUAUGGUGGACACAAACGUUUAGAUCACUCUGUCGACUACUUCACUGCCAAUGACCCCUGGGACAACAGAAGGUGCUCCAUGAUGGUUUACAUUCCUUGUCGAUCAGCAUUCGUCCUCGCCAAAGUAGACUGACUUUGAUGACCUUAGGAGUGUGAACAAAUGGAUUGCAUCCACAUACCAAUAGACUCCGCCAAAGUUCUCUCUACAUAUAAUGUGUACCAGUCAAGAGAGGACAAAAACUUUGUGCUGACUGCCUAGUCAUAAACAAAUCCAACAUUUAUAGGAUUUUUAUCAAUUGCAUCAUUUUAAUAUGGAUUUAUUUUGCAAGAGGCAGUGCAGUGUCAGCUUUUGUGAUCUAUUAAUGUCUUCCAGUAAUUUAUUUAGCUCUUGGAUUAUUAUUAAUUUUUUUUGUUGGCUUCAAUGUUAAUGUGUCGUUAUGGUUGCCAUUGCAUGCAAAUGUUGCUAAGUACAUGUAUAUGUACUGGUAGGUUGUUUUACGUUAAUUGAUAUA